AAGAAAGCUUCUUCCAUUACAGCUUCAACCGGGGCGGGCGAACGUUACUUUUACACCGUUCAAAAUAGCUCGCCGGCGGUGCAGAGCGUCGCAGUCUCCAGAGAAAGUAAAGGGAAAAUGGCAGCAGAAGACGCUGAGAGGGUAGCGGUGCUCGAGCAAGAGCUGGAGACGUCGCGUAAAGAGAUUCUGCAGUUGCGCGAGAAGGUCGAGCAAUUCGUGAAGGCCAGCGCGGAGUUGGACGACGAGUCGUACGACGCUGCGCAGACGUUCCAGCUCAAGAAAGAGCUGACGGACCUCCGCGAGGAGCUGGCAAAGAACGAGGAAACGAAAUAUGAGCUCGCGGACGCGAAGCACGAGCUGGCGGAGCUCCGCGCCAAGAACGAAGAGCUGGAAGUGCAGCAGUCGCGCAAGUCGACGCGCACAGAUAUGCAGCGCAUCAAGUCGGAAAAGUCCACUCGUGAAGAGGUGGAACGCCUGCACAAGGAACUGAGGCAGAUGGAGAGAAACUCAAAGGCCCAGACGUCAAUGGUGGAGGCUCAGCUGAAAGCUUCAAAGGACAGCCUCCAGAGAGCAGCCGAGAAGACUCAGGCCGUGCAGCGAAGACUGGACUUGGUUGACAAGGAGAGGAUGGAAAUCAAGCUGGAGAACCAGAGACUCGCCCGCAAGCUGGAAAAGUCAGACUCCUACGCAGAGAAGAAGCGAGCCCAGAUGGAGGUCGAGAGCCAGGAGAUAGAGAUUUCAAACUUGAAACGGAAGAACAGCAAACUAGAGAAGCAGAUCUCCAUCUCCACUAUGAACCUGAGUGACAUCGGCAAGAUUGGAGGGUCCUUCAACAUCCCAAAUCCCAGCCGCACUGACUCGCGCAACGAUUCCCAUGUCUCGUCCGGGACAAGUUCUCCUAUUCCAAUGACACUCUCAGAGGCAAGGGUCGAAAACCUCGAGAAGGAGCUGCAAGCUCUCGAGGAACACAACAGUACCCUCGAAACGCAAAACGAAGCACUGACGAGGGAAUUACAGGCUGCGCAGGACAAGGCAAUGGUGCUACUAUCGCAAGUUGAUCAGCUCCAAGUGGUGACCGGUGGGUCUGAGAGAGAUGGAGAAGACAUUUUGACUCAACUGCCAGAGUUCCAGAACUCUCUCCCCCCGCAAAUGCCAGUAACCAACGGCCCGGCACAAGACGACUCACUGUUUAACGAACUCCAGCAGGAAGUAGGCAAAUUGAAGAAGGAACUGGACAACAAGGAAACCGAGCUUCGCGUGAGGGUCAAAGAAAUGAAGGCCACAAACGAGGAGCUAAAACGGCAAGUGGAGGAGCUGGAAAUGGAAAAGCUGCGUCUUGAGCUCGGAGAGGACGAAGAGGGAGCAGGAACGGAUACAGAAGAAGAGGCAAAGGAGAAGGAAGUGACGCCACAGCCCCAACUAGCAGACGACUCAGAAGUCAAGCUUCUGCGAGAGAGAAUCAUGUCCCUGCAGGACGAACUGGUGCAGGUCUCGCAGAGCAACGACGAGCUGCAGGCAAAACUGGCAAAGCAGCAAGAGGAGGCCGAGCAGUUCGUGCAGUCAAUCGCGAGUGAACUGAACGAGGUCGAGCCAACGGAAGAGGAGAAGACAAGGGAGCAGAAACUGACAGAGCGGAACGAGGAGCUCAAGACUAAGAUCAGCGAGCUGCAAGAUGCGAUGAAUGACAUGAUCAAGGAGAUUGCACGUUUCAAGGCCAUCAUAGCAGACCAGGUAUGUAUGAAUCAUAAUUAUCUCACUUCUAUAGUUUUCCCUGGGAAAUUUCUGCACUGAAAACCCUAUUCCACUUUUAUACACAGCCAAAGUAAUAUAUUAUUUCUCGGUAGGCCACAGUGCACGGUUUGCAAGGAUUUAUGUUUGAAGAAUUUUCACGGAGGCAUGAUUAUUUUGUUUGUGUGAGCAUGCUAUGUUGUGUGAGAUCAGUUGAUACAAUGCAUAUUUCCCGGCCAUUCCCCCUUGUCUAGCGGGCACUUGGUGUCAUGCAAAAUGGUGUUUACGCGGCUCAUGUGUCACUGUUGAUGUUGCACUCUGAGCUCCCACACAAACAGUGUGCAUGUGGAAUGUUCUCAGAGCUAUUGGUCAACACCUUAGAAUAGACUUACCUAGUAGCUAGAACACCAGCAUUUUACUUUUGACCACAUAGUCCUUUAUUGCCACACUUUCUCAGAGCAUUCGUUGUAUUGUGUAUUGCACAGGAGGAGGAGAUAAUACUGCUGAAAGUACAGAAAGACCAACUCGAACAAGAGCUCACUGAAAUCAUGGAGGCUGAGCCUAUUCUUCUCAAUGGUGAUACUAAUGAUCAAGAAAUCUCCUCUCCUCCUCCCGAGAAAUCCAGAGAAAAGACCCCCACUCUAGCAAACGGUGAGGGGAGUGCUGGCGAACAGCUCUCGGCUCCUCCCCCAACAAAGCCACGAUCUCCAGCUUCGAAAAAGCCAAAGGAGAAAAUCCCAACCCCGUCCCCUCAAAAGGAGGAAACCCCUACCCCGGAGAAAGUGAAAUCUCCCACUCCGAAACUCCAGAAAGGGAAAGUAGCCCCCGAGAAGCCGAAAAAGAAGAAAUCCCCCGAAAAGGAGGUCACACCAACUCCAGAGAAAUCCAAGUCACCUUCUCCAGAGAAAGCAAAGUCACCCACUCCGAAACUCCAGAAGACAAAGACACCUACCCCUACCCCGGAGGAAAAACCGAAAUCCCCCACCCCAACUCCGGAGUUGGUCACUCCAGCUGAAGUCCAACCUACUCUGGCUGAGGCCCAACCCACUCCAUCAGAGGAGGAGAAGGAAGAAGUGGACGGGCAAUCAGAAGAGCAGCUUGCGCCGGCUGUGGUGCAAGACAAAACGCCUUCACCAGCCCCAGUAGAGAAAGAGGCUUCUCCUCCAGUAAAGAAAUCACCACCUGCACAGGAGAAAGCCAAGUCACCCACCAAAAAGCUGGGCGGAAUUCUUUCAAAGUUUCAAGCUCCUGCCAAUGACAGGGUUGACAGUGGGCCUCCACAGCCUCAAAAGAAGACAGCUCCCUCCACCAAGAGACGCCCACCGAAGCAGUGGCCACCACAGCCAAAGAAGUGACCGUGGAGUCCAGUCCCCUCCCACAAAAGAACACCCCAUACUUAUAGCUACCAAUAUCAUAGUAUUAUGCAUCAUACAAGUGGAUAGAUACACUGAAAGUGUUUAGGCAUAUUGUUAUUGCCCUGUGCUGCUGUUACGGUCACAUUUGCUGGUUAUGAAGAGUGUGUAUAUAUAAUGUAGUAUAUUGCACAGAGAGAGUGUUAGUUUGAGGGAUGUGGAUAAUCGGACGGUCCCAGUGCGUCUUGUCGCAUUGAGUACAGUUCACUCACCCACUCCUUCACUUCUGGACUCACAAACGUACCUUUGGUUGAGUCAAAGAAUUGCUGCAACUCGCCUUCUCUUGACUCAGCUAUAGGAGGCAUUAAUAAGAGGAAUUUUGCACAUUAGCUUUAAUAAUUUGAAUGUCUACUUCUUUCAAUGCCGAAAGUGAUGUUAGAUCACAUAACAUACGUAGGAUGGUCUGAUAAUACCAUAUUAUUAUACCACAACUAAAUAUAGAUCACA